AUGCCCACCGACUCCGAAGACGAAGCCCUCUUCGCCUCCCUCGCCGCCGAAGAAGCCUCCAGCUACCGCGACACACGCAUCCAACAACUCAACGCCGAAUUCGCAUCCUCCAAAACCAACCGCACCACCGAUUCCUCCUCCACCACCACCACCACCCCCUUCACCCUCGCCCACCAAUCCCCCACCUACCCAACCCUGUCCACCGACCAAUCCGUCCUCGACCACACCACCUCCUCAACCCGCAGCAUAAUCCACUUUUCCCACCCGGACUUCGCGCGCUGCGACGUGAUGGACGCGGCGCUGGCGCGGCUCGCGGCCGCGCACCACGAGGUGCGCUUUGCGCGGGUGGACGUGCGGAACACGCCGUUUUUGGUGGAGAAGUUGGGGAUUCGCGUGUUGCCGUGCGUGAUUGGGUUUCGGGACGGGGUGGGCGUGGAGAGGGUUGUUGGGUUUGAGGGGUUGGGGGAGAGGGGGUUUGAUGCUGUGGGGGGUGGGUUUCGGAUUGGGGUGCUGGAGAGGAGGAUGGUAGGGAAGGGGGUGUUUGAGGAGGUGAGGGUUGGGGAUGGCGAGGAGGCUGGGAGUGAAGGGGAGGAUGGGGACGAGGACGAGAGUGAUGAUGGGGAGAGGAGGAGGAAUGGGUUGAUGGGACGGGUGGGCAAGGCGAAGCCGAAGGGGAGGAGUAUUCGGAGUGGGAGGGUGAGAAGAGGGAUGGAUGAGGAGGACGAUGAUGAUUGGGAUUAA